AUGACAAGCCCCAGGCUGAAGCUCUUCGGCUUCCACUUCUCCUCGGCGGAGGAGGAGAACCACACCACCAUGGACACGGCCGAGCACGAGGCGGCCGAGCCGGAGAAGGGCGGCUCCGACUCCUCCUCCUCGUCUACCACCACGACAACGGCCACGGCGGCGGCUGCGGCGGGCGGAGGGGGCGGCGAAGGGCGGCGGUACGAGUGCCAGUACUGCUGCCGCGAGUUCGCCAACUCGCAGGCGCUGGGCGGCCACCAGAACGCGCACAAGAAGGAGCGGCAGCAGCUCAAGCGCGCGCAGCUGCAGGCGGCCGCGGCCGCCGCGGGACGCGCGGCCGGGGGAGGCGCGCUCUACCCUCGCGGAGCCGGCGGCAUGAACCCCAUGGUCUCCGCCUUCGCGCAGCCGCCGCACCUCCUCGGCGGCGCCGGCGACGGCGGGACGGGGCCCACCAGCUGGGUCUACUUCUCCCCGCGCGCGGCCGCCGUGGCCGGCGGUGCCCAGGGCCAGCAGUUCCACGUCUCCCACGGCUGCGUCUUCCCCUCCGGCCGCUCCACCCCGGCCUCCGCCUCACCGGCCGUGUUCUCCUACGCGCCGACGGCCUCCGCCGCCGCCCAGGCCGCCGCGGCGCCCUACGUCGUGCAGGCCGACGUGGUGGACCACCACGGCCGGAGGCUCCACGCCGCCAGCUUCCCGAGAUACCCCGGCAUGGUGAUGGCGCCGGAGCCCAUGGCCGCCGCGCCCGAGGACGCGCUGGGGCUGGACCUGCAGCUCAGCUUGUGA